CUCCCACGGCGGGUGGCCAUAUAGAGGCUGGGGGUGGGGGGGAGGUCAAGCGUAGCCUCUUCUCCUUUACCAAGAUGGCGGCUUGUCCCUGUUUCGCCACAGUUCCUACCUUAUGAGCUUGGUUUCCUUACGCUGAUAAGAGUGGAACAGCAAAAACUGGCAGGCUGACAGAGGCGGCCUCAGGACGGACUCUCUGGCUACUGACCAUUUUGCUGCAGCUCACCCGGAUUGUGCGUAGGCCCGAGACCAGCCAUGAGCUCCGUUGCAGUUUUGACCCAGGAGAGCUUUGCCGAACACCGAAGUGGGCUGGUUCCACAGCAGAUCAAAGUUGCUACUUUAAAUUCAGAAGAGGAGAGCGACCCUCCGACCUACAAAGAUGCCUUUCCUCCGCUCCCAGAGAAAUCAGCUUGCUUGGAAAACGCCCAGGAGCCUGCUGGCGCCUGGGGUAACAAGAUCCGGCCCAUCAAAGCUUCUGUCAUCACUCAGGUGUUCCACGUACCCCUGGAGGAGAGAAAAUACAAGGACAUGAACCAGUUUGGAGAAGGUGAACAAGCAAAAAUCUGCGUGGAGAUCAUGCAGAGGACAGGCGCCCAUCUGGAGCUGUCUCUUGCCAAAGACCAGGGCCUCUCCAUCAUGGUGUCGGGGAAGCUGGACGCCGUCAUGAAAGCCCGGAAGGACAUUGUUGCUAGACUGCAGACUCAGGCCUCAGCGACUGUUGCCAUUCCCAAAGAACACCACCGCUUUGUUAUUGGCAAAAAUGGAGAGAAACUGCAAGACUUGGAGCUCAAAACUGCAACCAAAAUCCAGAUCCCACGCCCAGAUGACGCCAGCAAUCAGAUCAGGAUCACCGGUACCAAAGAAGGCAUUGAGAAAGCUCGCCAUGAAGUCCUUCUCAUCUCCGCUGAGCAGGACAAACGUGCUGUCGAGAGACUGGAAGUAGAGAAGGCGUUCCACCCCUUCAUCGCCGGGCCUUAUAACCGACUUGUUGGUGAGAUCAUGCAGGAGACAGGGACGCGCAUCAACAUCCCCCCACCCAGUGUGAACCGGACAGAAAUCGUCUUCACCGGAGAGAAGGAGCAAUUGGCUCAGGCUGUGGCUCGCAUUAAGAAGAUUUACGAGGAGAAGAAAAAGAAGACCACAACCAUCGCAGUGGAGGUGAAGAAAUCCCAGCACAAGUAUGUCAUCGGGCCCAAGGGCAAUUCCUUACAGGAGAUCCUGGAAAGAACGGGAGUUUCUGUAGAGAUCCCACCCUCAGACAGCAUCUCGGAGACUGUGAUACUCCGCGGCGAGCCUGAAAAGCUGGGGCAGGCACUGACUGAAGUCUAUGCCAAGGCCAACAGUUUUACUGUGUCAUCCGUCUCUGCUCCCUCCUGGCUUCACCGGUUCAUCAUCGGCAAGAAAGGGCAGAAUCUGGCCAAAAUCACUCAGCAGAUGCCCAAGGUGCACAUCGAGUUCACGGAGGGGGAGGACAAGAUCACCCUGGAAGGCCCCACAGAGGACGUAAACGUGGCCCAGGAACAGAUCGAAGCUAUGGUCAAAGAUUUGAUUAACCGAAUGGACUACGUGGAGAUCAACGUGGACCACAAGUUCCACAGACACCUCAUCGGGAAGAGUGGGGCCAACAUAAACAGAAUCAAAGACCAGUACAAGGUGUCCGUGCGCAUCCCUCCUGACAGUGAGAAGAGCAGCCUGAUUCGCAUCGAGGGGGACCCGCAGGGUGUGCAGCAGGCCAAGCGGGAGCUGCUGGAGCUCGCCUCCCGGAUGGAAAACGAGCGCACCAAGGAUCUGAUCAUUGAGCAGAGAUUCCAUCGCACGAUCAUCGGGCAGAAGGGUGAACGGAUCCGUGAAAUUCGUGACAAAUUCCCAGAGGUUAUCAUCAACUUUCCAGACCCAGCACAAAAGAGUGAUAUUGUUCAACUCAGAGGGCCCAAGAAUGAGGUGGAAAAAUGCACCAAGUACAUGCAGAAGAUGGUGGCAGAUCUGGUGGAAAACAGCUAUUCAAUUUCUGUUCCCAUCUUCAAACAAUUUCACAAGAACAUCAUUGGGAAAGGAGGCGCAAACAUUAAAAAGAUUCGGGAAGAAAGCAACACUAAGAUCGACCUUCCAGCAGAGAACAGCAAUUCAGAGACCAUUAUCAUCACAGGCAAGCGAGCCAACUGUGAGGCCGCCCGGAGCCGCAUCCUGUCCAUCCAGAAAGACCUGGCCAACAUAGCCGAGUUGGAGGUCUCGAUUCCUGCCAAGCUGCACAACUCCCUCAUCGGCACGAAGGGCCGCUUGAUCCGCUCCAUCAUGGAGGAGUGUGGCGGGGUGCACAUCCACUUCCCGGUGGAGGGCUCGGGAAGUGAUACAGUUGUCAUCAGGGGCCCCGCCUCGGAUGUGGAGAAGGCCAAGAAGCAGCUGCUACACCUGGCCGAGGAGAAGCAAACCAAGAGUUUCACCGUUGACAUCCGCGCUAAGCCAGAAUACCACAAGUUCCUCAUUGGCAAAGGCGGUGGCAAAAUCCGCAAGGUGCGUGACAGCACUGGAGCCCGCAUCAUAUUCCCAACGGCUGAGGACAAAGAUCAGGACCUGAUCACCAUCAUAGGGAAGGAGGACGCUGUCAGGGAGGCCCAGAAGGAGCUGGAGGCCCUCAUCCAGAACCUGGAUAACGUGGUGGAAGACUGUAUGCUGGUGGACCCCAAACACCACCGCCAUUUUGUCAUCCGAAGAGGCCAGGUCUUGCGGGAGAUUGCUGAAGAAUAUGGUGGGGUGAUGGUUAGCUUCCCACGCUCUGGCACACAGAGCGAUAAGGUCACCCUCAAGGGUGCCAAGGACUGUGUGGAGGCGGCCAAGAAGCGCAUUCAGGAGAUCAUCGAGGACCUGGUAGGUGCCUGGGAGGGUGGCGGGGUUCUUGGCCCCAACAGCCAGGGGCAAAGUGAGUGGCUAGGGCCUCCCACAGCCCGGCGGUGGGCUCCUCCGGUCAGGCUGGGGCUCUCAGCCUCUGCCCUUUGUCCUGACAGUCGGUGAGAAUACUGCUCCUGAACAGCACCUUUUUUAAAACAUGAUGAAAUGCAGUUUGGGGAGGGGCAGAGAGAGAGAGAAUCCCAGGCGGAUUCCCCAAGAAGGUUCCAGGAAGCUCCCUGUAAUUCUCACAGGGUCACUCUGCUCCCCGCUAGCUCUCAGGCCUGGCCCUGACCGUCUUCUCUGCAGGCGCUGGUUCCUGUCACCAUUGAAGUGGGGGUGCCCUUUGACCUUCAUCGCUACAUCAUUGGGCAGAAGGGGAGCGGGAUCCGAAAGAUGAUGGACGAGUUUGAGGUGAACAUCCACGUGCCGGCGCCGGAACUGCAGUCCGAUAUCAUCGCCAUCACUGGCCUUGCCGCGAAUUUGGACCGGGCCAAGGCUGGCUUGCUGGAGCGCGUGAAGGAGCUGCAGGCUGAGCAGGAAGACCGGGCUUUAAGGAGCUUUAAGCUGAGCGUCACUGUGGACCCCAAAUACCAUCCCAAAAUUAUAGGGAGAAAAGGAGCAGUGAUUACACAAAUCCGCUUGGAACAUGAUGUGAACAUUCAAUUUCCCGAUAAGGACGAUGGGAGCCAGCCCCAGGACCAAAUUACCAUCACAGGGUAUGAAAAGAAUACAGAAGCUGCCCGGGACGCCAUAUUGAAAAUUGUGGGUGAACUUGAACAGAUGGUUUCUGAGGACGUCCCACUGGACCACCGCGUUCACGCCCGCAUCAUUGGCGCCCGUGGCAAAGCCAUCCGCAAAAUCAUGGAUGAAUUCAAGGUGGACAUUCGCUUCCCACAGAGUGGGGCCCCAGACCCCAACUGCGUCACCGUGACGGGGCUCCCAGAGAAUGUGGAAGAAGCCAUUGACCACAUCCUCAACCUAGAGGAGGAAUACCUGGUUGAUGUGGUCGACAGCGAGGCCCUACAGCUGUACAUGAAGCCGCCAGCCCACGAGGAGUCCAAGGCGCCAUCCAAGGGCUUUGUGGUCCGGGACGCUCCCUGGACCGCAAACAGCAGUGAGAAGGCCCCUGAUAUGAGCAGCUCUGAAGAAUUUCCCAGCUUUGGGGCUCAGGUGGCCCCCAAGACCCUCCCAUGGGGCCCCAAACGAUAAUGAUCAAAAAGCAGAAACCUCUCCAGCCUGCUGACCCAAACCCCACCACACAUGGUUUGUUUCAAUCUGACCCAGCAGCUGGACCCUCCAUAAAUUGUUGACGCUUCCCCCUCCCCGAGGUCUCGCAGUGAAGCCGGGCACGCCAGCUUUCGCGUGCCCUCAGGAUCUGCUCCCUGACGCCUUCGCUCUGGGAGGGCUCUCCACUGUUGUGAACACUAACAGAGGUAAUUGGACAUUUCCCUGUCAGCGUCCUGGUCCUCCAGCAUGUCAGUGAGGCUCUGGCCUCCACUGUGAGAGCUCCAUAGCUGUGGCUGAGUCUUCUUCCUGUGUCAUGACCUCAGGAAAUAAAUUUCCUUGACUUUAUAAAAGCCAAAA